UAACCAGGACCAGAGGACACAGUCUUAGAACAGAGGGUAGGAGACACUUCUUCACACAGACAGUGCUGCACAUUGCCGCGGCUAACGGUUACCAGAGAACAGCUGAGCUGCUGCUGGAGCACAAGGCAAGAGUGGAGGUGCGAGACAAUGAUGGCUGGAGCCCACUCCACGCUGCCUCCUGCUGGGGACAGAUCCAGAUUGUGGAGCUGCUGGUUGCUAAUGGAGCCAACUUGAAUGCAAAAUCUGUCUUGGAAGAGACACCACUAGAUGUGUGCUCGGAUGAGGAGGUGCGAGCCAGGCUGCUGGAUCUGAAGCACAAACACGACGCCAUCAUGAAGUCCCAAGACAGACACAAGAGUGCCCUGCAGAGGAGGGCCUCCAGUACGGGGAGCAGAGGGAAGGUGGUCCGUCGCGUCAGUGUGAACGAACGUUCAAAUCUGUACCGCCGUGAGCAUGAGAAGGAAGCCAUCGUGUGGCAGGAGCGUGGCCGACAGCCGGAACCGCAGGACGAUGAUGAGGACAGACAGACGGACGCAGAGCUCCGGCAGCACUCCUCAAGCUCUGGUCCAGACCCUCAAGAUGAGCCAGCACAGAGGGAGAGCAAUGGAGGGAAGAGAGAGCCGAGCGUGGGGAACGGAUCUACAUCCUCUGCCUUGCCCAUGGAGCCGCGAGGGAGCCGGCUGGACCGCAGCGCCUCCUACCAGCUGGCCACGGAAGAGCCGGCGGAGGGGGACCUGAGCCGGGAGAAAUCCCACCACACCCUGGCAGACCUGAAACGGCAACGUGCCGCUGCCAAGCUAUACAAACAGCCCUCUACCACCGGGGACAACAGUCAGGACCUGCCUCCCCUGGAGCCCCCCCAGGCAAGCACGGAACCCAGCACAGUCCACUACACCCCCUCCAGCACAGACCCCCCCCUGCUCAAACUGAGAGCCCCUGAAGAGGAGCACCCGCCAGAAAAGCAGCGCUGCUGCUACCUGAUGUAACUCCACAGCUCUUCAAGACACUGCUUCACACCAGAUCCUCUCUGUACUGUGCUUUCAAGAGAAAGGUAUCGCUGUCCUCGCAUAGGUUCUUAACCUGCUGGGAUGAACACAGGAGAGCUUGCUCCAGACACUGUUCUCUGUGCUGUAAUGAAAAAGAUUGUUAACUUACUGGGAAGAUUGAGAAAAAUAUCACAGACCACAAAGGUCUUUACUGGUGGGGGUGGGGAACGAUACACUAAUGUGACAAUACAUAUCCCGAAACUUGUGUUGGUCCAGAUGGGCUUCUUGUACGACGCAUAAGAUCAAAUGAUCAUUUAAUGAUGGACUAUGUUAAACAAUAAACAUUUAAAUGAGAUAUUCAUAUACCAACUAUGAAACACACUUAAUUCAAGAAUGAUUUGAUGAACUACAAUGUCAUGGAUUGUCUAUGCUCAGGUGAGCUCUGGUUAGCUCCGGUGAGGUCAGGUGUGUCUGUCGGGGUUCAUAGUAAACCGUGGGGUAGCAGCAUUUGUUGGUGGGUUCUUGGUGGGUUAUUGAUGCUGCAAUUUGACCAAUUAUCUAUCUGAAAGAGUUUAUAAAGUUGUAUAAUGUUAUAUUGAUGCGUAAUCAAGUUUUCUAAAUGCAAUAGCUUCUGCCUUCUAUUUAGCAGGAAGAAGUGGUUUGCUACCCUGUUGUUUUUAUAUAUGUUGAUCAGGAUUAACACAUUUCUAAUGCACAGACGAAUUGCAUAUAAGCGACACUUUACAGAUGUAGUUGAUCUGAACUGUGCGCUGCGGAAAUGCUGCUUGAAUCUGGUUGAACUUUCAGUCAGAUUUGUUUUGGGGGAGGUGGGGGGCAGUUGGUGGCAGAUUGGUUUUCUUAUGUAUUAUUGAGGCUUUCGUAAUAAAGCACUGGGGAGACAAGGUUAGGGGUUUCAGUACUUCAGAUCUGAGGACUGGGGAAUCAGAUAUGUUGGGAUCUUUAAAACCAGCAACUUACAUCUGAUUUAUAAUCCAGCAAACCUAAAGCUCUACACCUAAAACCAGCUACUUUAAUUCAGUGAACUCAGUAAUAGGAUUCAAGAGCCAGGGAACUCGGUGCAGGUAUGAGUACAGAAUUCAAAGCGCUAGUGGUAAAGACGGGAUGUGAAGGCUACCAAUUCAGUACAUGAGAGUCUGUGUGGUAUAGGGGAUCAGAGAGCCAGCACAUUCCAUUCACUCAGGAGAACAAGAAUACAUAUGAAUGAGGGGUGGCCAUCUUGUCUGGUUCCGAGUAGCUGAUUGAUCUUAAAGGAGCCCAAUGAUUCGGCAUUAACAGUAUGGCUAGAUUGCCCCUUUCCAUCCACUCAACCCUCUCUGUCUUAAGAAGUGUGAACUCUAGCCAUCAAAUGACUGCUCAACAAUAUCCCUAAACUGUAUCUAAAACCAGUUUUUCUCAGCCUGUGCCACGAAUCCUGUCUCUUUGAGUACCACCAGCAUUGGCCUUUUCAGGUUCCCUGCAGUGCGGAGUAGAGCUUUGCCAGCUUAGAAUGGAGCCUCUCUAAUUCCAGGAGCGUUACUCUGUGUUCAAGAAUUGAUCUGUUAAGGAUGAUGCUUUCUGGGUUAGUGGGUACUCAUGGAUUCCACUUGGACUUAUUUAUUUGACUGAGUGUGAAAAAAUUAAGAUAUUCAUAGUUCUAGAAAAAUUAUAGAAUUGUUUUUUUAUCAUAAAUUAUUAGUUGUAUUUGAAUAUUUUAAUACAGGAGAUAUUCUGGUUUCCAUGGAUGUGAUUUUUGUUUUUUAAAUAGAAUAAAAUUUAAUUAACUAGAUAGGGUAUAAUAUACAGUAGAACUGUUUAACUUCUUAUGAGAAAGAUCUGAUGAUUUGAAAAAAAAGAAUGUGUUUUUAAAUCCGUGAAGCCUUGCAAAAUUAAAAAUCAAAUUCAAAAAGCAUGGACUCAUUCAUGUUUUUAAUUUAAUUUGAACUUACUGUAAUAGUCAUUGAUUAGAUAUGAUAUAUGUAGCAAAGUUAUUACAAUAGUCAUUGUACGUGCAGUGUGUGUGUGUGUGUGAUUAUAAUAUAUAUAUAUAUGGAGAGGAGGCAUAUAGUGGGAAACUGGUCCCCGAGGAAAGAACUAUAGUUACCAACAGGGGACUGUACUGCCCGAAGCCACAGGCUUUAUUUUCCCACUAUGAGCGCAUAGUUAAAGUUUUUUUGGCACAGAACUGUCCAUCAGAAAAAACUGAAAGCAAAGUUUUUGUGACAUGUUAGUGUUUGCAACAUGUUUGUUUUGUAGUAUAUGUUGUAAUUCAUUUUCUGUUGUCUGCCAUUUUGCUUUGUUGUAUGAAGAGAGGAAAGACGCUCAGCGUGAUGACGUAAUUUGAGGGAGUUUAUAAAAAAAAAAACUUGACUGUAAACAGCAUCAUGGGGGCAAUAGUGGAUCUAUUUUUGAUCAUGUGGUAAGGUUUUAACCAAUCACAUGCCAGAAUGUCUAAGGACUGAUUCAUAUAUACAUACAUACAUACAUACAUACAUACAUACAUACAUAUGAGAGGGCUCAGAAAAUAACUUUCAUAUUUGUACUGUGAAAAAAAACAGUUCUACAGUAUUAACCUAUUAUGAG